UAGGUGUCACAAUGACACGGUCCAGUUACCCGACGGCUGACCCAGGGAAUGGACAUUAAUGAAAACACAAGACAAAGAAACAGUGUCACGGAUAAACAGGGUCUAAAUGGCAAUCAGUUGUAUUCCAAGGUGGACAGCAUGGAUCCAUUGAUUGGUCAUGAUUCCAUCCAAUCAGGAAAAACCUCAGCCACAGACAACCAAUCAUCACCAAAUCAUGUUGCUAAUUUGAAUAUUCAUCAGGAGGAAAGACCUAUUCUCAAUGGAGUAGUCAAUCGUCUAUCACCAGAUGAAAAUAAAGAAAUGAGAAUUACUGAUGUGAAGUUAGAGACACUUAAAACUAAAACAACAUGGCAGGAAAUGUCUCCAAAGAGGGAAAGGAAAAUCACAAGGCAGAACAGCUCGGGGAGCAUUAAAAGCAGUAGUAGUGGAAGUGCCAGUGGCACAUCAGGGAGCAGCGAUUAUUCUGGUUCACCACCAUCUAGCCCUACAAAGUCUUGGAAAUCCAUCCGUGAAAGCAACCGAAAUAAUGCACUCUCGUGGAAAGAUCUAUCGAGUAACAAGUCUGGGAAAACUUCAGAUGAGCAUUUGCCAUCUAAAGGAACCAGCACAAAUGAGAACCAGAUUGGGAAGUGUGUGUGUAGUCCUGAGCAUAGAGGAACUGAGGGUCAGAGAACCAAAUUAUUGCAGAACCAUACCACUCAAAACCAGGGUACAGACAAUGCUUCCAUUACGGCUGCUAUAAAUAACACUGUAACUGACAAUGGUAAGACAGAGCAUGGUCAUGUGACCACAUGUGUUCAUACCACUGACAAUGGACAUGGAGGUAGUGACAAAAACCCAGCCUGUAACUGCAAAGCUAAUGUAGGCAAAAAAGCCAAUCAGAAUGUGAAUAACAAAAACCAAGGAAGUCCUGAACAUACAUGUAAGCCAUCAUCUCGGCUGGAGAGUGCCCCCUCUGAGGAACAGAAUAAUGAGUAUUUCUAUGAUGAGGAUUUUACUGUGCAGUUUGACACAAACUUAAGGGAGUCCUCCCCAGGACUAAAUUGUACAUGUAUUGAUCCCACAAUUGUCAGUGAUUUUCCAAACAUUGCAACAGGAAGUUACUUGUCGUUUAACAAUAUGAAGGGAUCUGGACUUUUUGAUCAACAAGUCAAUACAGAACUGUUUUGUCCAGAUGAAUCUGAACUCUCCUCUUGUAGAAAUUCAGUGAUGGAUAUGUCAUCCAGUGAACGAGAAAUGAUGUGCUCAAGUGACAUGCUGGAAUUCAGUGACAACCCACUUUUCACACCUUCACCAACAAAAGAGUUAGAAAAACAGAAUGUUUCUACAGAUAGCUUAGAUAAAAAUUUUAGAACUACUGAUAGGUGCUGUCAGGAAGGCAGUUUAGAAUCCAGUGAUGGGAACCUUUGUGUGAACUGUUGUCCAAAGAAAGAGGAUUACUUCCUCUCCUUUGAUGGAUCUCAAGGUCGAUCACAGACAAACUCAGAAAAUGAUGCAUCCUUGCUUUCCAUUGGAUCAGGUCAAGGUCACUGGGGUCAGAGUUCAUCUGGGGAGGAAAUGGUCUCAGAGGAAUGUACAGACAGUUUCCACUUCUGUUACAUGAAUGGGAAUGGUAACGUUCAGCAUGGACACAGGAGGAUCAAGUUUCAGUCUUUAAAGGCAGUACAGGAGAGUAAUGAUGAUGCAGACAUUGAUGAGAGUGAGGGAAAAUUAUCAGCCUCUCUACCCAGAAUAACAAGAAGUCCCAUCUCAGAGUUCAACCAGAAGUUAAAUGGUGGACAUAAUGGAAAGAAAGCUUGUUGUCAAGGCAAGAGAGCUCAGCUGCACAAAUCAAAUGGAUCUUCUCCUAUAAAGUCAUCAAUGAGGCAUACUAUACCUAAUAGAAAGGUGACAUCUUGGAAGCAGGUCAAGUCUCUGAAGUCUUUAGGAAAGCUAGAUAUGAAUAUGGAUGCUGAUCGCAGCAGUAGUAUGCCAGAGCUGUACGUUCAGGCAUGGCAGUCUUUUUCAUCCCAGGAAUGUAUGGACAUUGCAAAAAUUGCAGAAAGCUUUCAUGGAAAAAGACAUUCAGCAUAUCUUCUGGAUCUGUAUCAGAGGGUCAGAAAUCAGUCUAAUCCAGUCUCCCCAGAAACCAUGGCCAAUAUAGAGCAGAUUCUGUUUCAUCCACUGAUCAGCCAGAACCGUUGCCAUGGUGAGGCCAAUCUUAGUGCUCCCAUUGGUCCAUGUGGAGUUUGUGGGCGGGAGGGAUCACACAGUAGUCACACUCUCACUAACAGUAACAUCCACCACCUGGUCAACACUAGCCGCACUGGACAGCAGCUUGACCAGUACACCAGGAAAAGGAUUAUUGAAUGGCUGGAAAAGGACAGGCUUGAUGGACACUGUAAGGCUAAGGGCUGCCAGACUGAGAAACAAAUGAAGACUACAGAGACCAUCAUUUCUCCCACAACUGUUACACUGUGGUGUGGUACCAAGAACUUUAGCUCUCAGUUUCCACCUCACACAAGAGACUGUGGGAUACAGACUUCAAACAAUAUUUUGAAAGAGGGGCAUAUUUCUAAUAUGGAGCAACAAACAUCACCUACAUUAGAAAUGGAAUAUAAAAAGCUGUAUAUGAUGGAAGUCGCUCAACAGACAUCUCCAAAUUCUGAAAAGCAUGACAUUCUGUCCAUGCUGCCAGAGACUUUUACUGACUUGGAUGACAUUAUACCCAGAAGUAAUCCCAGGAGUCACAAACAUGUGCCAAGAUCAAAGAGUGCUGACAGCAAUGUUCCCAGAGAUACCACCGAAGUUCCUGAAAGAGGAUGCAUUUCCUAUUACACUUUCAAAACUUUGCCAGAUUUAAAUUUUACAUUUUCUUGUUCUGAUGUUGAAUUGGAGGAAGAAAUCUCACUGUUUGACCCUAUACCUGUAGCCAUGCCAAUCCCUAUUCUAACACCAACUUUUGCAAAAUCUUUCUGUGGGGUACCUGCUAAGAAGGAAACUCAGUCAACUGGAACAACAAGUAAAAGGUCAAGGUCAGUUCCUGCUAAACUGGUAAAUCAACAUCUGCUGAAGAAUGCUGGGGAAUCUGGAUCGAGUAGUAGUGGUGUCAGCACCUGCUCCACUUCAUCUGGAAUAGAUCCAGGUUACUGUACUGAAGAGAGACCAUUCAGUGUUGGCAGUCCUUCAAAUGACAUUGAGCGACUACUAUUCUACCCUCCACACGUAGAGAGUGCUAAGAGAGAGAAAGUAGAAAGUGAAAGUCAGAAAGGGCAGGGACAAGUGGAAAACCAAAGCCGAAAUAAACCAAGUCAUCCGAAACUUAAGAGAGUGGCUGAAAACAGGGUCAAUAAAUAUGCAAAUGAGGUUCACCCUUUUUCCCUAGAUGCAAUAAAUAAACCAAAACCACUUGAAACUGAAACUGAAAAUAAAGCUGAUGGAAAGAUUUUAUUGGAAAACAACCCAGCAGUAGAACAUCUGUAUUCUUUACAGGAAGAGAACACACCAGUUUCUUCCCCUGAUGUCAGUAGAUGUCACCACAAUUGCUGUCAUGGAGAAGACUGUUUCUUUGUCAAUCACCCAAACCAGUUUUCAAGUGAAUCCAACUCCUCAAAUGGAAGUGGACAGGUGAAACCCAACCGAAAACCCCUGAAGUCAUGUCUCCGAAAGCAGCACUUUUUGAGGUCAAGGUCAUUGUCUGACCCCCAUAACCUGGGUCAGACAACAGAGAGUCAGAAACAGAGGAGGAAAUUGAAUCGCCAUUCCUACGCCUGUGAGGAGGUGUAUCUUCUGACUGACGAGUCUGGGCAGUAUUACCUAUGUCAGAGUGAUAAUUCCUCCCAAUCCAAUGAGAGCACGGGACCUAUCAUGUUCUGUCUAGAUGAUGUUGUCCCAGGGGAUGGGAUGCAGACAGUCAAGUUGAGGAGGAAAAAUCCAGCUGAGGCAGGAACCAAGCCAGCGUCUGAGACGAAUGAUGCAUUGAGUGGGAAAAGAAAGAGUGUUAGUUUUGCUUCUGAAGUCUCUUUCCAUGAUAUAAGUCCACAUCCCUCACCCAAACAUAGGGUGGAGGAGGCUGAAGUUAAAGAAGCGACAGAUAAAACAGGUCCACCAGUCUUAGCUCGAGCCAACUCAACUGAGAGUUGUGAGUCCUCAGACUCGGAUGUUCCCCCUGAAAGUUUCCGGUUGUCCCCUUCCUCAGAACAGAAUGUGUACUCGGACAGGUUUGAUGAACUGGAGAGAAAAAGAGGUAUGUUGAUAGAGGUGUGUCAGGUAUCAGAGGUCAUCUUGAAUCAUUUCAGCACGGCCAAAAACCCAUUUGACAAGUUGCGAUUGGGUAGUUCAGCAGACACACCAGAAAUUGGUGACCUAAUUUUAAACCGACUGUGUCCAGCUCUGAACCAGGUAGUUGGGGACGGACUCAAACCCUUCCUAAAUGGCUUCCAGAUGUUUGGUCGUGUCAACAUCACAGUCUGGAAAGUGGCAGAAAUCUCCGCUGAACAAGGUCCAUACACCAGAGCUAUCCACGACCUCGUCCAGCAGUUGAAGAGUAACCCCGCCCUGACCAGCUGUUCUGCCAAAUUUGAAGCUUUUCUGUUUGGUCUUCUCAACCUGCGGUUACUGGACUAUUGGAUGGGUUACCUACGCUAUAGCGAUAGCUUGACAGACAAGUUCUACAACUCUGAUGGAGUCAUCGUCCUGAGUCGAACCUGUCACGAGCGAGCUUAUGAUGAGAUGCUCAUCUCCUUACAACCUCUAUCAGUUCUUCCAUUUCAACUCGGACUCGAGUAUGUUUUGGAGAACUCUAAAUAUCUCACUCACUCACCUACCUUGAGCCCAAGUAGGAAUAAGUCCCCAUUGAUAAGCCCUUCCCUAGAGAAGGAAAUUGUGGUUCCACCCCCCAAACCAGCCAGGAGUAUGAAUUUGAAUGGAACUGGUCUGAUCUCAACUAAAGCUUGGGAGUGGAUCAAAGGGAGUGUGUGUGAUGAUGGGCCAGAGCAAAAGUUGGAAUCCAGGAUGGAUGAGAAGAAAGAAGAGGUUUCAGUCAAUUUGUCUGAUACUUUUGGUGAUAAACCUAGUAAAUAUGUUGAAGACGUGCAAGUUGAAAAAAUCCAAAAACCUAGGGAAAGUAAAGUUACUGCAAGUAAGGAAAGAAGGCCAUUAAGCAGUGCUAACCAGGUAGACCUGAAAGGAAUGUCUGACUCAUUUUCUGGUAUUGCCCAAAAAUUAUUAGGAAUGAAUACUUCCAGAGACAGAUAUUCUGAAAAUAGUGUUAAUAAAAAUUCAGCUGUGCCCAACACUGAAAAGAAAAUGCCUAAAGAAACAGUUACAUCAAAGGAGAAUGUAGAGACGGUGUCAUCAAAGGCCAAGUCAGGCAUCCUUAAAUUCUUUGACAAGCUGUUGCUUCCUAAGGACACUGGGUCAGUACCUAAAAGUCAGAUACCGAAACGUCACAGCUGGAAUGUUCCAAAUGAGGGAGGUCAGAGGUCACCUGGAUCAGAGGAAAGUAAGAGUCUCUCACCUGUUUCUGGAAACAAGGAAUUGAAGAAUAGUCUGGAAUAUCAGAAACAGAAGUUUGCUAAUGCUCGAAAAAAUCAGAAAUCCAAAACAGAGAAUGUUGUAGCGAGAAGUAUUCAGAGUGAGGCUAAGAUGGACAAUGGGGGAAAAGAUACAAGGCAAAUUGAAGAAAAGUGUGCUGGGAAAAAUCUUUCACAGAAAGUUGAUAAUAAAUCAUCCAGUAAACAGGCAAGAAAUCCACCCUCAGAUUUAAGUCUGAAACUUAGAAAUGUCCCAGAGACUCCUGAAAAAGUACCACUAAAGGCUGCGGAUUCUCCCUCGAGAAAAUUUGGGUCACCUCAGAGGAGGCUCACAGACAAAGGAAAAGUCAGCAAGAUCCCAACACUGCAAAAGAAGUCUGAGAACAAAAAGCCACAGAGGAAUAGCCUUGUGUUAGACUCAUCAGGUUAUAGCUCAUCAAGUGUGCUCAGCUCACCUACUCGAGUCAAGCAUUCACACUCAGCAGGUCAAAUCCCAGUCCCAGUACAGUCACCAAAGAAAACUAAAACAAACUCAUCAAAGAAUUCAGAAGUGUCUACAAACAAGAGUGGGUCCCUUAAAACAGUACCCAAAGCACCAGUGGAUAAGCAUGAAGGAAUCAUUUCCUCUACCGAGUUUCCAAGUAAGGAUCCAUCUGAAUCUGUGGAGUCAAAUUCAUCAAGUGAAUGUGCAUCUCUAGAGGUAGGGCCAACACUUGUAGCACCUUGUCAAGAAAAGAAAAAGCACAGGUCUUCUGUUGAGAAAUAUACUGCUGAGAAAAGCCAAAAUAAAAGCACACCUCCAGUUCCUGAGGCCCAGACAGUGGAGCUUGAUAUUAACUCUAACUCAGCACUUCCUGUUCUGCCAGAUCAAGCUGUGGGUGGAGGGGGACAGUGUGCGAGUGAAGGGACGACACAGCCAGGUCCGAGCAAGGACUUCAUGAAGCCUGACUUUAGGUACAUAGAGACAGUCACUGACUUUGAGUCGAGUGAGGUAUCUCAGCUGUCGUACAGGAAGGGUGACCACUUUGAGGUGCUCGCCGAGAUUGACUCGAGUUGGUUUUACUGUGUGAACGGGCCACAGGAAGGACUAGUUCAUGUUGAUGCUGUCAAACCUCUGAGUGACAAAGACGAGUUUCAUCUGCUUCAUAACAAGUUCUCAUAAUAGUCGUGAUCAACUCUAUGUUUAUUAUUUUGUUAUGAUUUAUAAUAUUUAGUAAAUGUCUUGGAUUUAAGUGUUCAUUCAUUAAGUAUAAUAAUUAAAUAAGUGGAAGUAAAAUUAUAUAAAUGUUUAUCUCUAUGGUCUAUUUUACAAAGAGAUGUUAGAAACACAACAUGCUUAUUCAAGUUAGGAAAUCUUUUUUUGGUUUCUGAUGUUUCGAAAGGUGAAAGCAUGGUUUUAAAACUGAAAUCCAGAUUUUUAUUCUGGACUACCAUUAACUUGAUAAAUUUACAGAAUCAGCUGAUACAUGGGUUUUGAUUGCUUGAUAUAUAUAAUACAUGUACUUUGUUUUCUUCCCUUAUUUGAUAGAUAAAAUUUCAUUUACAUUUGUAUUUAAAAAAAUUUUAAUGUACAAAGACAAGGGACUCGAAGAGUGCAAUACACAUAUAAUUAUACUUUACUAUAUGACAGUGCAUUAGUAAAUACACAGUAUGUUAAACUUUCAUUAUAGGUUAACAAAUUGUGUUUGUAAGAUGUGAUUUUAUUGGCUUCACGUUAUAAUUUACAAGGUUGUGUUUGUAAGAUGUAAUUUUAUUGGCUUCACGUUAUAAUUUACAAGGUUGUGUUUGUAAGAUGUGAAUUUAUUGACUACCCAUCAUACUAAGUAAGUUACCAUGGUUAUGUUGUAAGAUGUGAUUUUAUUGGCUUUGUUAUGUGCUUAAAUCCUAGUACACUUGUUUUAUUUCUUUCAUUUAAUUACUUUGCCAUGUACUUGUUGUGAUAAAAGUUAUUGCAAAUAUCAUGUGAUAAUGAAAGUUAAAGAUUUUGUUUUUGGUCUUGCUAAAAUCAAACUAUUUUAACACAAUACCCUUUUUCACUUGUUUUUUUUUUCUUUUUUUUUUGCACAAUUUUUAAUAAUUAUUUUUUUUGGACAUCCUAUAUUGAUGUGUAUUAACAAAGGAGAUUUUUGUUCAAGUUCUUUUGUACUGCACUGUAUUGUGGGGGAUAUGAUCUUUCAACUGUCUGGAUGAAACUUUUUUUUCUUUCGAUCACCCUCCAUGCUAUAAUGAAUGUCCUCGAAUUGUUAUACAUGUACAGUAAUGCAUCAUUAUACUGAUUUUUCUUGAAACCGAACAUGAUUUUAUGUGCAUAAAGAUAUCUAUAAUGAAAGUAAAAUAUUUGAGAUUUUUUCAGCUCCAUAUUUAUUUUAAAUUCUCUAAGAUUUUGAUUUCAUUGAGGACAAGUUUAAAUCAUGGAGGGAGUUUUGUGAGCCCAUCUUGAAUGACAAUGUUGAUACUUUUGUAUUUGAUUAGACAUUGAUUUAAUAUGAAACACUCGUGUUAUUUAUUAUACGUAUAAGAAUUUCAGUGUCACUUGUUGAGUACUAACUGAUGUAUGAAAAACUUAAAUGUUUUAGUAUCUCAAAAUUGAUAAAUGAAAUAAUCGUUUUUGGUAUAAAGUUAUGUUAUUAGUUUAAUUGGGAUGAUUAGGUGUGUAUAGAUAAACUCAGUAAGGGAAAGACAGCUACACUAAAGCAAAUUUAAGAUAGACAAAAAAGAGAUAUCUCUCUUUGCAAAUUAGUUUUCAUAAUAUGUAUAGUACUUAUUGUUUUCUUCUUUGUCAUUCCCCCUAUAGCGUCAUCAUUGUCGAUUGAGAGGCUUACAAAAGUAAAAAGUGAACAGAAAGGUCAUGGACUCCUCAACGUCUUUUAUUGUUGCUCCAUCAAUUGUUCUUCAGUUUUACAGGAUUGAUUUUUCAUUUCAGUUUUACAGGAUUGAUUUUUCAUUUCGCAAUCAAAUAAUCCUGCAUUAUUCAGAACAAAAGUAUUAACUGAAAAUGACAACAGAAAAAUUAUCUUUGUUGUAUUUUUUUUUUUAAUUUUGCUUUUUUUUAGAUUGUUAACUAGUUAAUGCUUUAUAGCAUAAUGUUAAUAUUCAAAUAACAUUUAAAUUGACUGUGUUUGUAAACAUUUGCUUUUUAGAGUUAUACAUGUGCAAUAUAAGAAGAAAAUACAUUUUAAACUUAUUGCUAGUCAUUUUUUUUUAUGUCCAUCUACAGUAUUUGAGUAAUCAUGCAAUUCAAAGUUAUUUAUAUACAGGUUGUUUUUAGUCACGCUCUUUUUAUAUUUAAUAUUGUGAUUUUCUGAUGAUGUAGAAUCAUUCUAGAAAAUUUAAUAUUAAAUUCUAUUUUAACUGCAUUUUGCACUUUCAUAUGAAUUUGGUGAUUGAAUGACUGUUACUAAAGUAGAUUUUAUCAGAAUAAUGACUGUAUAAGGUCAAAAUUAGCUGACAGAUUUAUUUAUUUCCAAAAGAGGAUUUUCUAGAUUUUAUCAAAUUGGAAUUUCUUUGCUCAUACAAAGUCCCUUGAUUUGAUGUUACUUCAUUCUACAAAAAUUUCUCGAAAAUAUGUAGUACAUUGAUUAUAUGUGUUCAAAUACAUGUAUCAUGUUUUUUUGCAAUUUAUGAUUGAUAUACACAUUUCUUUUUAAAGCUGAGUUUGAAUCUUGUGAAGUUUCUUCUAUUUUUCUUUUUCUUUUGAGUUUGCUUGUAAUGGAAGAUUAAUUUGAAGAUAAUAUGAUAUACAGUAAAUGACAAGAUUAGAUGUAUAGUAUAGAUGAUAUACACACAAACUUGGUAAUUCAUUCUCUGUGGAAUAAUAAACAUUUAAAGUGCA